AUUGCACAGGGCUAUAACCAAUCACGAACUCAACAAGAUUAAGGUUCUUUUAGAAAUGAAAUAUGACGUUAACCUUGGAGGAUACGAAGGUAAAACACCGCUAGGUCUUGCGGCAGAAAAGGGCUACGAAACUAUUGUCAAAUUUCUACUGGAGAAGAACGCAAUGGUUGAUAAAAAAGACUUUUUCGAGGAUGCUCCAAUCCAUUAUGCAGCUUACAAUGGAAAAUCCGAAGUAGUUAAGAUACUUCUAGAUCACGGCGCUGAUGUCAAUAGUAAGGGGAAAUUUGGUGAAAGACCGCUACAUAUAGCAGCGAGGAAAGGCUACGUAACUAUUGUGAAGUUACUACUUUCAAGAAGUGCAAGUGUGGAUUUAAAAACCGAUCUUGAUAGUGGAAUACGAAGUGAUCCAAAGUACGUUGGUGCAUCCAUUGAUUAUCAUUCCAUCGAUAAUAGUAAUUUUGGUGAAACACCUUUACACAUGGCUGCUAGGAACGGUCACGAAGCUAUUGUAAAUUUACUACUCUUUACUAACGCUAGUGUGGAUAUAAAGAACCAAAUUGGUAUGACGCCUUUAUAUAUUGCAGUAGUGCAAAAGAAACUUAACAUUACUAAAACUCUUAUCGCUCACGGAGCUGAUGUUAAUGUUCAAGGAAAUACUGGAAUGACACCUUUGAUGGUUGCUGCAAUGAAUGGCGAUGAAGGUAUUGUAAAUUUAUUAGUAUCGAAAAAUGCUACGCUAGAAACAAAAGACUACAGUAACAAUGGAGCCAUACACUAUGCAGCUUUGAAUGGAAGCCUUCCAGUGAUCAUGGCUCUUCUCGAUCAUGGGGCAGAUGGUAAUAGCAAAGGGACAAAUGGUAAAACACCUUUAAGUUUUGCGCUUAGGACCAGAAAAGAAGAGCGGAUAGAUCAAAAGGAAGGAUACUAUUCGAUUGAUAAAUCGACCAUUUGUGAUCUGAAAAAAUCAAAUUAUUUCGAUUGUGAAAAUGUUAAUAUUAUUCAAAAUGAAGGAUUGCGUAUAAAAAGGAACAUGCGCAAUGAUCCUCCGUUGCAUGUUGCUGUAAGAAACGCCAACUUCUUGAAGGUUACUAAACUUAUUUCUGAAGGCGUUGAUGUUAAUAUGAAAGGAAUAGAAAAUAAAACACCGCUUCAUAUAGCUACCGAGAAAGGUUAUGAAAUGACUAUGAAAUAUCUGUUGUUGAAUAAUGCAAGUAUGGAUGAAAGAGACAUUCGUAACGACGCUCCAAUACAUUAUGCUGCAUACAAUACAAAACUUAACUUGAUUAAGAUACUUCUUGACCACGGUGCUAGAAUCGAUAGUAAGGGAAAAUAUGGCGAAACAGCGCUACACAUUGCAACUAAGAAGGAACACGAAAGAAUGGUAAAAUUACUGCUGUUCAAAAACGCUAGUGUAGAUAUAAAAAACCAGAUUGGUUUGACCCCUUUGCAUUUAUCAAUAAUUCAAAAGAAUCUUGAAAUCACUAAAUCUCUUAUUGGCCGUGGAGCCAUUGUUAAUGUUCAGGGAAAUAAUGGAAUGACACCUUUGAUGGUCUCUGCUUGGAACGGUGCUGAAGCAAUUGUGAAUUUACUUAUUUCUAAAAACGCUACUCUAGAAACAAAAGACAAUAGUAACAAUUCUGCCAUACACUACGCAGCUCUGAGAGGAAACAUGAGAAUAGUCAAUUCUCUUCUCGAUCGUGGGGCAGAUGUCAAUAGUAAAGGAGUAAAUGGUAAAACACCUUUAAGUUUCGCGGUUUGGGGGAACAAAGAGUAUUUGAAAAUGUCGCUGAACAAAAUAAUUACAGGUCAGGACUCGAUUGAAACAGUAAAUCCUGUGACAGAAAAUGAGAUUAUCGCAGUUAUGAAAACCCUUCUGGAACAUGGCGCCGAUGUGAGUUCUCCAAAUAACCUCGAUCAAACUGUACUCCAUGAAGCUGCUGCACUUGGUAACGCUGAGAUUGUCCGUUAUCUGAUAUCUCAGAAAGCAAAUUUCAGUACCGAAGAUUAUGUCUGCUUCACUCCUCUACAGUGGGCAGCUAAUAAUGGACAUGUUGAUGUGAUAAAGAGCUUGUUAGAAGCCGGAGACGACAUAAACAGAAGAGGUUGUAAUAAUGUAACAGCAUUACAUUUAGCAAUAAAAAGAAAUGACACUGAGUUCAUCAAAUUUCUUUUAUCCAAGAAUGCAGAUCCAAAUAUAAUGAGCGAAGAUGGGAGAACGCCUUUAGACCUUGCUUUUCAAAUAUCCUCUGAAGAAAUUUUAAUGUUACUCCUCGAUCACGGAGCGAAAAUAGAAAAUAAUAGUCUAAUAGGAGCAAAAGUUCUUUUUGAUGCUGUCGUUAAAAAAUCAUUGGAUAUAAUUUAUUCUUUGAUAGAUAGUGUAAAACAAAUUGACACUUAUCCCACAGUUAUACUCAAUUAUGCCAUUAGAAAUAGUUUUUAUGAUUGUGUGCAUUUAUUCAUCUCGUCCGGAGCCAAUAUAGAGAAGAAAGACAUCCAUGGUAAUCAUCCACUUUCUUCAGCUGUUAUGUCGAAAAAUUUUGAUAUAGUUAAAUUGAUUUUGAAAACAGCAGCGUACCAAAUGAGUAAGACGGAUUUCCAAACUUUUAUAGAUGCAGAUUGUAAUGUGAAGUUUGUGUUUAAUUCUUCAGAAAAAAUAGUAGAGUAUCGCAAAUUUGUUGCGUUACAUAUUGCUUCCAAACUUGGUCUCACGGAAAUCGCGAAACUGUUGAUAUCAUACAGUGCUUCGUUGGAUGUUAGAGAUGUACAAGGAUAUACGCCGCUCCAUUACGCCUGUGAGGAGGGGCACGUGGAGUUAGUGAAACUUCUUUUGGAAUCCGAAGCCGAUAAAGAUACUCUCAGUUUGGAUGGAACCACGCCAUUACAAAUCGCUUGCAGGCUAAGUCAGUUCGAAAUUGUUAAAUUACUACUUUCUGAUCCGCCAGCAUUCAUCAAUCUAGCGAAUAAUACAGGCUACAGUCCACUACACUUCGCUGCAAUGACUGCAUCUCAUGAAAUAGUCAGUUAUUUACUUGCCAAUGGCGCUAACAAAGAAUUUAGGACUGACGACCUCAAAACUCCAUUACAUUUAGCUUCUCUCAUGGGUCAAAAGCACGCCGUCAAUAUAUUAUUGAGAAAAGGAGCCAACGAAGAAGCAUCCGACAUCGAUGGUAUGACGCCAUUGCAUUUAGCUGUAAAAGAAGGACACGCAAAGGUAGUCGGCUUCAUGCUUAAGUCCGGUGCUUUCGUCAACAGCAGAAACAAAAAUGGCAGCACCCCACUUCAUCUGGCAAGCGGAAGUAAAAUAAACUUUUCCAAGGAUUUAACCAAUGUUAUUAUUUCUUCUUUGAUCUUGCAUGGUGCAAAUGUUAACUCACUCGACUUCAAACACAUGACUCCAUUACAUGUUGCGGCUAGAGAAAAUUCUACAGAGUCUUUGGAAUUCCUUCUUUCUUAUAAAGCAGACCUAUUUCGUAGGGACACGUCACUCAAUCAACCAAUCCAUUACGCGGCAUUGAACGGGAAUUAUGAUGUAGUGCUUCAUAUACUUUAUGUUCAAAAAGGGAUAACUCUUAGUAUGUCUGUGAACGGUGUUCAAGAGACGCCUUUGUUUUUAGCCGCAAGAGAAGGCCACGCUGAUGUUGUCGCAUUACUUUUACGUGCUGGAGUCGAAGGUCUUCAGCCUGACUUCCAUGGAAGGACUGCUUUGCACCGCGCAGCUGGCAGAGGUCACAUAGAAGUAGUUAAAAUCCUUCGCCGAGCACUUUUAAAUAAAGAUAAGGUAGACAAAUGGGGCUUCACAGCGUUGAACUAUGGUGCGUCUUGGAAAGGACACCAAGAAGUUAUAGGAUAUCUUUCCACUACUCAAUUGGACAUCACGCGAUCAUAUUAUUUAAAUAUAUCAAAUCCUUUGCAACGUAACCAGAUGCUCCCAAAAAUUAUUCAUAUACCUAAGUUCCCUGGUAAUAGAGAAAUACUUCAAAUUGAGGACAAAGGUAAAUCGCAUGUGCUACAUGAAGAGUUCGAUAGUCGAUUGCGCAGAGAUAUUUGGCGAGGGGAAGAUUCUCUAUUGCACACGGCCAUAACCAAUCACGACCUCGACAAGAUUAAGGAUCUUUUAGAAAUUAAGUAUGACGUUAACCUUGAAGGAUACGAACGUAAAACACCGCUAGGUCUUGCGGCAGAAAAGGGCUACGAAACUAUUGUCAAAUUUCUACUGGAGAAGAACGCAAUGGUUGAUAAGAAAGACUUUUUCGAGGAUGCUCCAAUCCAUUAUGCGGCUUACAAUGGAAAAUCCGAAGUAGUUAAGAUACUUCUAGAUCACGGCGCUAAUGUCAAUAGUAAGGGGAAAUUCGGUGAAAGACCACUACAUAUUGCUGCGAGGAAAGGCUACGAAACAAUCGUGAAGUUACUACUUUCAAGGAAUGCAAUUGUGGAUUCAAUAAACAAUCUUGAUAGUGGUAUAAGAAGCGAUCCAAGGUAUAUCUUUUCAUCCAUCGAUUAUCAUUCCAUCGAUAAUGGCAAUUUUGGUGAAACACCUUUACACAUGGCUGCUAGAAACGGUCACGAAGCUAUUGUAAAUUUACUGCUCUCGACUAACGCUAGUGUAGAUUUAAAGAACCAAAUUGGUAUGACCCCUUUAUAUAUUGCAGUGGUGCAAAAGAAACUUAACAUCACUAAAACUCUUAUCGCUCACGGAGCUGAUGUUAAUGUUCAAGGAAAUACUGGAAUGACACCUUUGAUGGUUGCUGCAAUGAAUGGCGAUGAAGGUAUUGUAAAUUUAUUAAUAUCGAAAAAUGCUACGCUAGAAACAAAAGACUACAGUAAUAAUGGAGCCAUACACUAUGCAGCUUUGAAUGGAAGCCUUACAGUGGUCAACGCUCUUCUCGAUCAUGGAGCAGAUGGAAAUAAUAGAGGAGUAAAUGGUAAAACACCAUUAAACUUUGCGCUCCGGACAAAAAAGAAAGUAACGAAGACAUAUUUGGUGGAAGAUGAAUCAACUGUUUUAAAAAAGAAAUAUAAAGAGAUGACUUGGGUGAAUUCUAUUUUAGAAAACGAAAUAUCUACUGUGAUGAAAACUCUCAUGGAACACGGGGCUGAAGUGAAUUCACAAGAUAUCCUGGACCAAACAGUGCUGCACGAAGCUGCUGCACUGGGAUAUCCUGGAGUUGUCGGCUAUCUGGCAUCUGAGGGAGCCAAUUUCAGCGUCGAAGAUUACGUUUGCUUCACCCCACUCCAAUGGGCUGUCUACAAUGGAAAUGUCGACGUUAUAAAAACCUUGUUUAGAUAUGGUGAUGACGUCAAUAGGAGAGGGUGUAACAAUAUAACAGCAUUGCAUUUAGCUAUUACGGCUAACAAUACUGACAUGAUUAAAUUUCUUUUGUCUAAGGAUGCAGAUGUUAAUGUGAUGAGUGAAGAUGGAAGGACGCCUCUAGAUUUAGCCUUUCAAAGUUCAUCUAAAGAAUAUUUGAAAUUUCUUCUUAAUAAUGGUGCGAAAUUGGAAGAUAAUACUUUCGUAGGAUCAAAAGUUCUUUUUGACGCUGUUGCGGAAAAAUCAUUGGAUAUCUUGCAUCUUUUGGUAGGCAGUGUUAAAAAUAUUCACUCAUAUCCUACAGUUAUACUUAAUUAUGCUAUUAGAAAUAGUUUUUAUGAUGGUGUCCAUCUACUAAUUACUUUCGGAGCCAAUAUAGAGCAGAAAGACAUCCAUGGUAAUCUUCCUCUUUCUUCAGCUGUUAUGUCGAAAAGUGUGGAUAUGGUAAAGUUGAUUCUGGAUACAGCAACAGACAAAAUUGUUAAAGAGAAUUUCCAAACAUUUAUAGAUGCAAAUAGUGAUGUGAAGUUUGUUUUUAAUUUCUCGGAAAGUAAUUAUGAAAAAAUCGAAGAAUACCCUAAAUUUACAGCACUGCACAUUGCUUCCAAACUAGGACUCACAGAAGUUGCGAAACUGUUAAUAUCACACAGACCUUCAUUGGAUGUUAGAGAUAUACAAGGAUAUACACCACUGUAUUAUGCCUGUGAGGAGGGGCAUGUCGAGGUAGUGAAGCUUCUUUUGAAUUCUGGAGCCAAUAAGGAUUCUGCUGGUUUCAACGGCACAACUCCAUUACACGUAGCCUGCAAGCGAAGUCAUUUUGCAAUUGUCGAAUUAUUACUUUCCAAUCCUCCAGCUGCUGUAAAUCUUGCGGACAAUGUUGGAUAUACGGCACUGCACUUUUCUGCCGUUAGCGGAUCUUUGCAAAUUUCCGAGAUGUUACUGAAGCUCGGAGCAAACAUGGAGGCUGAAACUGACGACCUAAAAACUCCAUUACACUUCGCCUCUCUGGAGGGUCAUAAGGAAAUCGUAGAAAUUUUAUUGAACACAGGAGCUGAUAAUGAAGCAACUGACAUUGAUGGUAUGAAGCCAUUGCACUUCGCCGCAAGAAACAGAUACUUGGAAAUAAUCGAUUUGAUACUUCAUUCUGGAGCUCUUGUAAAUAUCGGGAACAAAAACGGCAGCUCACCGCUCCAUCUGGCUUGCGGGAAUACCACCAAGUCAAGACAAACAGAAAUUGGUGUUGUCCGCUCUUUGGUAAUGUUUGGUGCGAAUAUCGAUCAAAUAGACAACAACCAAAUGACGCCAUUACAUGUUGCGUCUCGGGACAAUUCCUCAGGAUGUGUAGAAAUCCUUUUAACUGAAGAAACCGAUUUAUUCAGCAGGGACUUCUUGUUCAAUCAACCUAUACAUUACGCUGCAUUAAAUGGGCAUUAUAAAAUAGUCCUUAUGUUACUCAGUCACCAGAAAGGAAUUAUCCUGGGAAUGUCUGUGAAUAAUAAUCACGAAACUCCUUUGAUAUUAGCUUCGAGGGAAGGACACGCUGAUGUCGCAGCGCUGCUUUUACAGUUCGGAGUCGAAGGUUUCCAGCCUGAUGUCAAUGGAAGAACUCCUCUUCACCGAAGUGCUAGCAGAGGUCACUACAAAAUAGUCAAACUUCUUCGCCAAGGCCUUCUAAAUAUAGAAAAGACAAAUAAAUGGGGCUUUACUGCUUUGAACUACGCCGCGUCAUGGAGAGGAUACCAGGAGGUUAUAGGGUAUCUUUCCACAACCCAACUGAAUCUCACCUUAUCACAGUAUGUAAACAAAACGAAUCCUAUUCAUCAAAGUUUAUUUGAAGAAAAAAUACCAAAACUAUCAAACCUUCCUGGAAUAACAUUAGGAACACCUUUAUCUUUUAUUGAUUAUUCCUAUGAUAACAACUAAUAAAAUUAUUUUUAAAAAAUCAAUAAAUAAUAAUAAUCCCAAAGAGGUUUGAAUCACUUUUAUGUCUCUACCGAUUUACACGACAAAUCGAUUAUUUAUUUGACUAUCGAUUACCUGACUACUAUUAUUGACUUUUAAGAGUUGACAUUGAUUUCAUAAAGAAAACUAAACCGCUAUACAUUAUUACACAAUGGUUUAUCAUUUUCAAUCAAUUAUACAUCAAAAGUAACAUCUCUUUCCUCCUGACAUAAAGGAAAAUUAAAUAAAAGGCGAU